CGUCCUGAAAAAUUAAACUAAUCGAACGGUAAGGUGCUGUUCCAAACGACGUGGUUUUCAAAUCUCUCGUCUUCUUCGACUUUCCCAAUAUUUUUGCAUUCAUCAGAUCCUACCGUACUAGAUUCCGGAGAGAGAGACGGAGGGGAGAGAGAGAGAGAGAGAGAGAGAGAGAGAGAGAGGUGUGAAUCUGAAGGAAGUAAACAGCGUGCAACGGUCGACCCGUCUCACAAUCAUAAUCAUCAAUAAUCAUCACAUACUGCUUAUCUUUUUUCACGGGGAAAAGCUUCUUAACAAUCCCCACGCUCCGUGUAUUUUGCUCAUCUUUCCACCCAUUUGUCUCUUUUCUUUCCAUAAUAAUACUCCUCCUAAUAAACAAACACGUAGGUUAAGGGGAAAGAAAUCUGAUCAAUAAAGCGGUCAAAAAAAAAAAAGAAAACGGGAAAGAUGGGUCUUCGAAUCUGAGCUCCCCAAAUGCUCUCUCUUUCUCUCCCUUUUUGAAGCAAACCAUAUGGCCGCCGAUAUCUGGCACUUCAUCAAGGAUAUACUAACCAUAAAGGCGCCAACGAAAUCACCAUUGGCGUUGAGAAUGAUUGUCUUGACAUUCUCAAUGUUAUGCGGUCUUUAUAUAUGUUCAAUCUGCCUAAAGCAAGUCAGUAUCCGCACAAAUGGUGGACUCAUUAAUAUCGAAGUGGUCCAAAGGCCGUGUGAGCCGCCUAAAAUAGAGGCAUGGGAAAGAGCUUAUGUGCACUAUCCACAACCCAAAACUUUCAGCAGGGCUGAGUGUAGAUGCAACCCAGUGAGAUAUUUUGCCAUACUGUCUACGCAGAGAUCAGGGAGUGGAUGGUUUGAGACAUUGCUAAAUAGCCAUUCAAACAUAAGUUCCAAUGGAGAAAUUUUCUCAGUUAAAGUCAGGAGGAGUAAUAUCUCAACAAUCGUUCAAACUCUGGAUAAUAUCUACAAUCUGGACUGGUUGACUAGUGCUUCCAAGAAUGAAUGUACAGCUGCUGUUGGCUUAAAGUGGAUGCUUAAUCAGGGUUUAAUGCAGCAUCAUGAAGAAAUCGCAGAAUAUUUCAACACAAAGGGCGUUUCUGCCAUUUUUCUCUUUAGAAGAAAUCUUCUGCGCAGAAUGAUUUCAAUACUUGCGAACUCUUAUGAUCAAAAUGCUAAGCCACUGAAUGGAACACAUAAAUCUCAUGUGCAUUCACCCCAUGAGGCAGAAAUACUUGCAAGAUACAAACCUAUGAUCAAUACAACGUUGAUUAUCCCAAAUCUGAGACAAGUAGAAGAGAUGACUGCCAAAGCUUUACAAUACUUCAACAGCACUCGACACAUUAUCCUUUACUAUGAGGACAUCAUAAAAAAUCGCACGAAACUGCUAGACGUCCUAGACUUACUAAGGGUUCCUCAGAUGGAUCUAAAGAGUCGACAAGUGAAGAUACACAAAGGUUCCUUGUCUCAACAGGUGGAGAACUGGGAUGAUAUUCAGAAUACACUAAAGGGAACACCGUAUGAAAGCUUCCUCCAUUCGGAUUACAAGAUGUAGAGUCUGCACUCCCUGUAAAUGUAGGAUUACAUAACUUAAUUCUUUAUUUAUUUAGGGAAAGGAGCCAAUAAUACAACCCAACUUGCUGAGAUUUUGGCCAUAGAAGUUACCCUUUGCUUCCAAGCUGCCCCCAUCCAACGUCGUUAUUCACUAAACUUUUUUCUUCCAUGUCGGGUAGAGACGUAGUUGAGCUGCUACACAAAGCAAAACACAGCAGAUUCACCCGGCAAUCUUUGUUUUUGUUGUAUUUUUCGAUUACCCUGAAUUUUUUCGUUUCAUUUAGAAGAAACACAGUAGACAAGUUUUGGAUAGCCAUUGUCUAGAUAUUGUAAAGUUCCCAUUUGUAAGCCACGGAUGGUUUUUGCGUAAAGGAUUUCCAAUGGUACACUUGUUCAUCUUA